AUGGCUCAGCUUUUUGCAAGCAUAGUUUCAUUUAAAAUGCGUUUGCUUCUAAUGCUAUUAGUUGUCGGUGCGACGUGUUCAGUUUGUAUUUCAGGACACAAAGCCGAGGAACACAAACCUGUGCACCCUCACGAAAAGCUACAUCAUCCGAAAAACAUCCACGAGAAGAAACACCAUCAGAUAAUCCAUCAAGAGAAGGCCCACCAUGCCAAACCUCAUCACGAGAAAGCCCAUCAUGUGGCAAAUCGACACCACCAUGCAGAGGUGAAGCAUCAUGGUCACCAUGCGAAACCCUUUGGGAUCAGAGCCAAUGAUGAAUAUUGCUCUUGGGUCUGCCAUGGGUCGUCUGAUAAGGGUGGCCGACAGGUUCUCUACAAACAAUCUCUCAUAGCCAUCUUCAGCAGAUCCACCAAGGCAGCCGUAAUAGUUGACUACUCGUCAAAAAUAAUAGGCGUCUUCAACGGAAGACAAGGCACCAUCAUCGUGGUAAACAUUUCAGAAAAAGUUCGCUACCACCUGAAGAGCGACAACGAUGAAAUCUGGUCCAACUUCGACGAUUACUUCCAGAAACUCUCAUCUUUGCAACCGUUAUUGAAAACCGCUCAAGAAAAGGGCCAGAAGUCCAGCCUAGACAAUUUGGAAGAACCAGUAAAAGGAGAGUUGGAAGAAGUCACACAAGGGCUAGGAGGAUCGAGACCUCUGCCACAGGAACUGGCGUUACUUGAAAAAUUCAUUGAGCAACUGAACGGUUCCCUUCGCUUGGUGUACAAGGGCUCCGGAAGUUUCAAGAUCGCCAGUCCAGUUGACGGAUUCCUAAAUGUUAACCUGGCAAUAGCCGAACUACUGGGGUACUCUGAAGGAAAACUGAAUGAGAGAAACAUCAACUUGAACGCUUCCCAAAUUUUCAGAGCUGAAAGUGGAGCCGAAGUGCUGCUGAAUGUUCUGGCCCAAACUGGAUUGCGCUUUGACCUCAUUAAGCUGUUCGGUAAUUUGGCAAACUCCCCAGAAAAGGUGCUUAACUUGCUCAAACAAGCCAGCAGCGGCUCUCACGAGGGUGUGGAUGGAUUGAUAACGAUCUUGGUUGACUACGCAGAGCUUUACGUCGGAAAGGGUGACGUUCAGGAACUCAUCAACGCAAUUUUGAAUUACAAUUCUCGCGUGCAGGAUAGCCAAGAUCUGGGCAGGCUAGUUAAUGAGACAUUGACUGUGCUCGAGAACCAAGACAGAGUUUUCCACAAUGCUCCAGGAUUCUCAAUAUACUUGAAGCUGUUACGAGGAUACAUCAAUAAUGACUUUAUUUUGAAUAACAUCAGUCUCAAUGAUCUUGUCGUUAUUUUCACGUCAAGGAGUGCCACGGAUCGUUUCAACUCGAUAGCGAAGGUCUUGUCUCACCUCAAUCCAGCUAGAACCAUUCCGGAGUUUUUCCGUUCACUUGGGAAGCAAUUCAGUCAGAUCUUGGGUGGUGGAGUGAUACCAGGAGUGGGAGGAAAUGGAGGUAUCAACCAGAUUGUUGAGAGCGUCACCGGCAUACCAGUUAUCGGAGGAAUAGUUGGCAGUAUAUUUGGCGGAGGUAAUGGAUCUGGCAGUGGUGGUUCAAAAAAUGAUUCUCACUCUUCUGGAUCAGGAGGGGGAGAAGGAGGAAGUGGAUCCUCAUCUGGUGGACUAGGAGGUCUUCUUGGAUUGGGUGGAGGCUCAGCUGGUGGAGAUAAAGGUUCAUCUGGAGGAGACAAAGGCUCAUCUGGUGGAGACAAAGGCUCAUCUGGGGGAGACAAAGGCUCAUCUGGUUCUGGUUCAUCAGGAGGAGACAAAGGUUCAUCUGGUUCUGGUUCAUCAGAAGGAGACAAAGGCUCAUCUGGAGGAGACAAAGGUUCAUCUGGUUCUGGUUCAUUAGGAGGAGACAAAGGCACAUCUGGUUCUGGUUUAUUAGGAGGAGACAAAGGCUCAUCUGGAGGAGACAAAGGCACAUCUGGUUCUGGUUCAUUAGGAGGAGACAAAGGUACAUCUGGUUCUGGUUUAUUAGGAGGUGACAAAGGCUCAUCUGGAGGAGACAAAGGCUCAUCUGGUUCUGGGGGAUUGGGAGGAGACAAAGGUUCCUCUGGAUCUGGAUCAUUGGGAGGAGACAAAGGUUCAUCUGGUUCUGGUUCAUCAGGAGGAGACAAAGGCUCUUCUGGAGGAGACAAAGGCUCAUCUGGUUCUGGAGGAUUGGGAGGAGACAAAGGUUCCUCUGGAUCUGGAUCAUUGGGAGGAGACACAGGUUCUUCUGGUUCUGGUUCAUUAGGAAGAGACAAAGGCUCAUCUGGGGGAGACAAAGGCUCAUCUGGAGGAGACAAAGGUUCAUCUGGGUUUGGAGGAUUGGGAGGGGAUAAAGGUUCAUCUGGUACCAGUUCUUCGAGUGGGGACAAAGGUUCAUCCGGUUCUAGUUCCAAUUCAUCAGAAGGAGGUGAAGGUUCAUCGGGAGGAGGCAAAGAUUCAUCCAGUGCUGGGUUAUCAGGAGAAAAAGGUUCAUCUAUUUCUGGAUCCUUAGAAGGAAGUUCUGGUUCUGGAUCAGUGGGAGGAAAUAAAAGCUCAUCUAGUUCUGGAUCACUGGGAGGAGAAAAAAACUCCUCAGCUUCUGGAUCAACGGGAGGAGACAAAGGCUCAUCAUCGGGAAGUCUUUCCGGAUCAGUUGAGGGAGGAGUUAAAGGAUCAACCAAUAGCUCGUCAUCUUCUGGACCGUUGGGUGGUCUUUUUGGACCAGGCUAUGGAGGUGGAAAAGAAAAUGAUGGGGGGAGUAAAGAAGGCGGUGGAAAAGGUAGUGGAGGCGAAAAAGGAGAAGCAAGUGGAGGAGGGGAUGGAAAAGGAAGUUUAGGAGGAGACGGAAAAGGAGAGGGAGUGGGAGAAAAAGAUGGUAAAGGAGGUAUAGAUGGUGGAAAAGGAAUAGGGAAAGAUGGAAAAGGAGAAGGAGCAAGUAAAGGAGGAGAUAGCAAAGGAGGUGCAGACGGAGGAAUAGGAAUCGGAGGAGACGGAAAAGGAGAAGGAGCAGGUAAAGGAGAAGACGGUAAAGGAGGUGCAGAUGGAGGAAAUGGAAUCGGAGGCGACGGAAAAGGAGAGGGAGCGGGUAAAGGAGGAGAUGAUAAAGGAGGUUCGGAUGGAGGAAAAGGAGAUGGAAUAGGAGGCGUAGGAGGUGAUAAAGGAAUCGGAGGAGAUGGAAAAGGCGGAGAAGGAGGCGGCAAAGGAGAUGGAAAAGGUGGCGAAGGAGGAGGGCAAAUUGGGGUAGGCAAUGGCGGAUCCAUAGGAAUUGGUGGUGGAGGUAAUGGCGGUGCAGGCGGAGGCGGUGCCAUAGGUGUAGGUGACGGAGGAAAGGAAGGAGGAAAGAUUGAAGUAGACGGUCAAAGUAAAGAAGGAGAGAAGGGAGGACAAGUGGGAGGAAAAGAAGGAGGACAGGGAGCUGAAAAAGGAGGUGAACACGGAGGAGGAAGUUUGUCAGUGGGUGGGGGAGGAAGUGGUGGUUCAGGUGGAGGAGGUGCAAUAGGCGUGGGCGGAGAUGGAAAAGGAGGCAGUGGAAGUGAAGGAAGUGGUGGUGGUGGUGGUUCAGUCCACAGUGGAGGAUCUUUCUCGGUAGGUGGAGGUGGAAAUGGAGGCUCAGGUGGAGCAGGAUCAGUUGGUAUUGGCGGAGGAAAGGAAGGGGGUGGCUCAAUUGUAGCCGGCAGAGGCGAAAACGGGUCAGGAGGAAAAGGCGGUGCCAUACAAGUAGGCGGUGGAGGAAAUGGUGGCACAGGAGGAGGUGGAUCAGUAGGUGUAGGUGGAAAUGGAGGAAAAGUUAGUGCUGGCGGACAAGGCAGAUCGCAUCAUAUAAAACCAAAAGAAAAACAUCAUCACUGACGUACCACUCUGUUGCAGUGUAAUAAAUAGAUGGAAUUUCGAUAAUAUUCAUUCAGAAAAGUAAUAAUUUGUUUUAAAUAAAUUUAACCAAGUUAAAAA